UGAGGGGAGGGUGACUCCCCUGCGACCGAAUAGCGUUGUCAUUGUCCCUCUCAUGAUCCCUCCCCCUUGCCAGGUGGGCAGGCAUGGGUGGGAUUUGGACGACGCCCCUCAUAUCAGUAUUAUGAACAGGUCAGGGCAUUCGCCUUGGUCACAGAUAUGGAGCCUCCAUGAAUACAUUGCUGUUGCGUCAGCCUCGGUCAAGUGCUGCUGUCAGUGGAGGGAUGUUCACUCCAUCAGCAACUACGAGCGACAGCUAUUACUGUUGUUAUCUCUUUCGGGUGCUGCUCUUCCAUUCAUGACGUGCAGAGUGGCAGGGUGUCGACUGUUUUUCCUGCCAGUUGUGCUGGGUCAUAUUGAUCGUGGGAACCUUGAUAUUCCAUCAGGGCAUCGCUGGCGUGGAGGAAAGGCAGGCGAAGAGCGCUUUGCGGUUGAUUGGCGAGAAGACGGUUUGGUGUGGUAUGAGGUCAUGGUCUUCUCCCGGCUGGCAAAUUUGGUCAGGCCAGCUAUUUACCCUCUGGUUCGCUACGUGCAGCGGCAGUUUGGCAAGCAAUUGGCAGAGGCGAUGGAAAACUACAUGGGCAGCAAAACUCCGCAGCCAAAGCCAUCAUAGAUUUUUCCUUCACAAGAUGCCACGUGUCUUCUGUUAGUGCAUGCUGGUGAGGGGUGCUGCUGCGCCACUGGGUGGAAUCUCUUGCCCUUCGCCUUAUAAAUGAUCUGUUAUGACUACCAAUCCAUAACCCGCCACGUGCACAUAGUCGUGAUACCUAUCGCCCAUUAUCAAUAGAUCACCUAAUAUCAUUCACUAACAGAUAACCUACUACCCAUUAAUAGCGGAUUACCUACUACCCAUCACUCACCACUUAUCAUUCAUCACUCGUUAUCCAUCCUCAAUCGCCUCGCCAUUAAAGGACCAUCCUCCACUUAUCAUCUUCUCAUCAAUGAACAUGUCAUUGCAAU